AUGGCUCGCCAAGAUUGUGGUGACAUCGGAGAUCGUGUCUAUACCGGGCAUAUGAUAUGCUUGGAUUCAGCUCGAAAUGUCGCGCGUCUUUUGAUUGCAAUCACCCAGUAUGGCUUUCCCAAGAGGACCAUGCUAGUUGGUCUCACGCUGUAUCAUUCACUCUCAGCGUUCAUUAUUCUUUUCGCCAAUGUUAUUCAGAAUCCUGGCGAUUCAUAUAUCACUGAAGACGUUCAGCUUCUGGGAGUCAUCCUCGAAUCCCUGUUCCCCAGUCUUCAAGCCAGUGGAACGUUUCUGCCCAAUUUAGUCUAUGAGAUAUUUAGCAAAAUGAGGUCAAUGGCAGUGGAGUAUGUGGAAAAGGUGCAUGUUGAAUUGAAAAACGUAUCGAAGCGGCCACGUCGAGAUUCUGAUGAGGCGGUCAUGCAUCUCCCCCAUCGCCGUGCAGCAAAUAACCAUGUCCAGCCGCGCAACAAGGGUGCUAUCUCCACGGCUGAUACACACCGGACAACCGCAAGGUAUAAUGCGAGCUUGAAUCUUACGGAACCUGCCAGCUUAACCGAAACGGAGUUACCGCACGAAUUAACUUCUAAAGAUAACGCAUGGGAAUCCUUGUAUGACGAUCUCGAUGAUCUACCAACAGAUGAGAUGCCGUCCGAGCAGCAUCCUUAUCAUGAGAACUAUAACAUGGGAUCCUUUGCUGAGUCGUUACCCGGCUCUGUUCCUUUCAUACCGUGGUCGUUGGAUUUCGAUUUAACUGAUCUUUGGCAGUAUGGGAAACAAGAUUUAUUUGAAGGACGCUCCAGGGAGUAG